AUGGUACAAAUAACGAAAUUGUGCAAUGAAUUAAAGCGUGCGCAUGUUAUUGCGGAACCAGGUGCGUUUCGCAUCAAUAUUAAUGAUCGAAUCAUCAACACAAAGAAGUCUUCAGCGAUUUGUUUUUCAGAUUUAAUCAAACAAAAGUAUUUUAUUGAUAGAUCAACCACAUCAUUAAAAACAAAUCUAAAUAUCAUAUGUAAAGAUUCAAUUGAUAUACUUUCAAACUUUAUAGAAACAGGAAAACUUGAAUUUGAAGCAGAUGAGCCUCAUUAUCAUGACAUAUUUGAAAUUGGCAAAUAUUUUGGAAAUCAGAUACUCAUAAAAAUAUAUGUCAAAUAUGUUAAAUCAGACAAAUCUCUUUCAAUUGAAAACGUUUUUAAGAAAUACGAAGUUUCUGCUUACGAAAAUGAUUCUACGACAAUGAAUGAAUGCAUCGAGUACAUCUCGUCACAUUUCUACAGUUUCAAUGACGAUGAUAUCAUUACAAAUUUUGUAAAAAAUGGAUUUGAAUUUUGUGAAAAAAUUUUGAAGUCAAAAGAACUGAAAAUAGAAAAUGAAGACAAACUAUGUUUCUUACUUUUGGAGACUUGCAGAAGAGACAGUACAUUAUUUGAUUUAUUUGGCUAUGUUAAUUUACAAUUUUGUUCUUCACAAGUUUAUGACGAGAUUUAUAACUUUUCAGUUGAAAACUCUUAUGAAUCAAGUCUUUUAACUAUUUAUAAUGAAACAUUGAAGAAUUACCAUUCAAAAUUAAGAAAUAAAUUUGAAAUCUCAAAUCAAACUAUUGCAUCUUUCGAAAAACAUUUGAUUCAAAAUCAAUUUCAAAUAUCAAAUCAUAGUUUUAGUGUUGGUAUACCAAAAUUUGUAGAAAAAGUUUCAAAAGAAAUUCAUAUGGAAAUGUCAACUUCAAGCAUUGCUGAUACUAGUUCUGAUAAAUCCACAAUUAAUUCUUAUUCAAAUAAUGAUCAAUUCUUUACAAAAACUGAACCUAAUUCAUGGCUGAAGGCUGAAUUAAAAGGGUAUAAAUUAAAACCAAAAUCAUAUAUUCUACAAUCAAGAUGUCUUGGUUCUUCUAAUUUAUUGAGAAGUUGGAAACUAGAAGGUAUCAAAGAAGAUGGAACAUCUAUUGAAUUAGAUAAUCAUUCCUAUGAAUUUAAACAAAGCGAAAUCAAGGAAUUUCCACUUCAAACUAAUGAUUAUUUUGUUGCUUUCAAAAUAACACAAACAGGAAAGAAUUCUUCCAAUGAUCCGGAUAAUUGUUACUUUUUCAAUAUUAAUGUUUUUGACUUCAACGGUGAAUUAAUAAAAAUUUAA